AUGAACACGGUCAGAAACCAUCUCGACGAUCCUCUUAUCAUGGCAAAAUCAAUUAGCGUUCUGUUUCCCGCUCUACAAGCUGUUUUCAACAUCAUGUGCUUCAGAGUUUAUUCUACACGCAUACAAUACAUCACAUUCGAAAUGAUAGCUUUCUGCGAAUUGCUUAAACCGUAUGAAGAAGCAAUCGUGCAACAGUACAUUGACAAAUGCAUGUACUUCUACGGCGGAUCUAUAUGCUGGAUAUAUCUGAGCUGCUUUUUUGUCAUGACUGGACCGCUUACGCUCGAUCAGCCGUUCCCAACGAACGCGGAGUAUCCGUUCGACGUUUAUUAUCAACCGCUAAAAACUAUUGUCUUUCUGCAACAGAAUAUGGCUUGUUUACAGGGAGCUGCACAGUUGUGCAUGAAUAUCUUCAUGGGGCUUUUAAUGUGGUUCACAUCGGCAAGAUUUGAAUUAUUGGUCGUGAAGUUGCGAAUAGUCACGGAUAUCUACGCUUUGAGAAAAUGCAUCCAGGAACAUCAGAGUCUACUCAAAUAUACAGAAGAGGUGAUCGCUAUAGUUCGAUUGAUUGCUGUAACAACCGUAUGGUUCACCACAAUUGUGUUAAUAAUAGUAGGCCUUAUUUUAAUUACUGAUCAGCCGUUAUUAAUGAAAAUUCAAUGCGUUGGUAUAGUUUUUAGUGGGUUAUCAAUAGUGUUCAUGUUCACCUGGCCAGCAGAACACUUAAUUCAUAUAAGCAAUGAAGUGGGACAGGCAGUGUUUGACGCACGAUGGUACUAUCAACAAUCCAUAAUUCUACGAAAAGACAUGCUAAUACUUAUGAUGAGAGCUCAACAGCCAGUAACUGUUUCGAUACCAUGUGUCAUGCCAUCGUUAUCUUUAAGUUAUUAUGCAACGUUUUUAUCAACUAUAUUCUCGUAUUUUACAACGUUAAGAAUAGUCAUGCAACAAGACUAA